AUGCCCCGUUCUUCUCGUACAGGUGAACUGAUAUUUAAUCUUGAGAUCGAGAAGGUUGAGCGAAAGCUACGAAAGGAAGCCAAGCAACGAAAAGCUGCUCAGGUUGCGAAGCUGGCAGAAUCUUUAAACCACCUCAAAAUCUCUAGCUCUAGCGACUCUGAAAGUGAUCAAGAGACUGUCAUGGCUGAAGAUACCCGCACUCUAAGGGAGUUGGCUGCUCCCAACUUGGCGCAGCAGCCCUUAUGCAUUAACUUUCCAACUCUGAAAAACACUGUUGCUUUUGAACUGAAAUCUGGAUUAAUUCAUUUAUUGCCUUCUUUUCAUGGACUUGCAGGUGAAGAACCUCAGAAACACUUGCAAGAGUUUGACGUGGUGUGCUCCAGCAUGAAACCACCAGGUGUUACUGAUGAACAGAUCAAACUCAGAGCCUUCCCAUUCUCACUUAAAGAUGCUGUAAAGGAUUGGCUCUACUAUCUCCCAUCUGGAAGCAUUGACACGUGGAACGACAUGAAAAAGAAAUUUUUGGAGAAGUACUUUCCAGCUUCCAGAGCUGCGAUCCUGAGGAAGGAAAUAUGUGGCAUCAAACAAAAAUUAGGUGAAACGCUCCAUGAAUAUUUGGAGCUAUUUAAUAAGCUUAUCAUUAAAUGUCCACAACAUCAAAUUCCUCCUCAACUAUUGAUUCAAUAUUUUUAUGAUGGUUUAUCAUUGAUGGACAGGAACAUCAUCGACGCUGCAAGUGGUGGAGCUCUAGUAAAUAAGACGCCGGCACAAGCUUGGGAUCUUAUUGCGAGGAUGGCUGAAAACACGCAGCAAUUUGGUUCAAGGGAUGUUGGACAGAUGAACGGAAACAACAGUGACCAUGCCAUCCAAUCGAUGCAACAACAACUUUCUGAGUUGACGAGCUUUGUUUGCAAGAUGGACACCCUACAGAUGCAUGUUCGACCCUCCAAGAAGAAUUGUGCAGUGGAUGUGAACAUUGCAAACUACGGUAUGAAUAGACCUCCAGCGUACAAUCCAUACUCUAACACCUACAAUCCAGGCUGGAGAGAUCAUCCGAACCUGCGUUAUGGAAACGCACAGCAGGGUAAUGCUCAUCAACCAUUCGGAGCUAUGCAUCAGAUGCAACAACCUCGUUUCUAUGAGAAACAGCUGCCCCAAGCACCCACAAGCAACUCCAGUCCAUCUUUGGAAGACUUGGUGAAGUCCAUGGCUACCAGUACCCUGCAAUUCCAGCAAGAGAUGAAGUCAACUGUCGGCAAAUUACAAGGUCAGAUCAAUCAAGUGUCAGAGGAGGUGAAACAGCUACGUGAAAGAGGAAAGUGGCCUGCUCAGCCUGAGUCAAAUCCAGCAAAUGUCAAGGCCAUCACUAUCUGCAGUGAUACGAUGAUUGAAUGUUCCUCACGGCCUAAUCCAAAGAAUACGAGUGCUAUAACGCUUCGUAGCGGAAAGGAAUUGGAAGGUCCACCUCCUAUCUCAAAGGAACAAAAUGAGGAUCAGAUUAAGAUGGAGAUUCAAAAAGAGGCCGAACUUCACGAAAAGGUACCUCCUAACUCCGUUUUUCCUACUGAAACUAAAUCAGCUCCUUUUCCUAACAGGUUAAAGAAACCACAAAAGGCGAACAAACGAAAAGAGAUGAUGGAAAUCUUCAAGAAGGUGGAACUUAAUAUCCCGCUCCUGGAGGCUAUCAACCAAAUCCCCAAGUACGCGAAGUUUUUGAAAGAACUAUGCACCAACAAAAGAAAAUUGCGAGGGGACGAACAUAUUAUAGCGGGUGAGAACGUUUCUGCUAUUCUCAAAAGAAAGGUACCACCGAUAACAGGUGAUCCAGGGCCUCUAAAAGAAACAGGAAUUUUUAUUCAACUUGCUGAUCGAACUAAUGCUUAUCCUGAUGGAAGACCUUUUAUGUGCACUGCAGGAACAAAGAUAGAUGUUAAAAAGGGCACACUCAGCUUGGAGUUUGAUGGAGAAGAACUUCAUUUCAAUAUUUUUAAUCCCAUCAAAUGUCCUGUUGAAUCUGAAUCGUUAUAUGCAAUUAAUGUUAUUAAUUAUGUGGUGCAGGAAACUUAUGAAGUUGGUUUCACGGGUACGGUUCUAGCUUCGACCUCAAGCUCCAUCAAGGCUACUCAAUCAGCAGGUAUCACUAAGAGGAAAUGCAGACAACCCUCUUCAAGAUAA